GUUAAAUUUAAUCGAAGCGUGUAGUGUUUUUAUGUUAUUUAUUUAUUAAAAUAAAUAUUUUUUUAUAGUUGGUGAAAAAUGAUUACAAAAUUUUUGGUUGUUGCUGUUUUUACUUUAGUUUUAAAAGACGCCAAAACACAGACCAUCGAUGACGUAAUCCCACAGAAUCCAGUGACCAUCCCCUCAUCACCUACAACGGCCUCAAAAUGGGAACAACUGAUACCAGCCUUACAAUUAAUAAAAGCUAACACAAAAAUAAAAAGAGAAAGACUACAUAAUGUCAUGCAUCUAAUCAAACUCAUUUUAGCAGAAGAAAUGGAGAAUAAAGAAGAGUCUGAGAUAAACUAUGAUGGAGACAUUGAAAAAGAAGAGACUGUGAAUGUUAUCGAUGAACGAGAGGAGAAAGAAGAUGAUCCUUUCUCUAUUCCAAUCAUUGAUUACGAAAGUAUAGUGGAUGAGAGACUUAGAGGUAUAAAAGAGAUUAUCGAUGACAGAAAUUAUAUGUUGAAUGAAAAUGAAAUUGAAUGUAGGCAGGACGAAAAUGAUAUGAACAAGAAUAGAACUGCAGAUAUCAGCAAUAUUGUGAACAAAAUAUCGUCGGCUUUGAACAAAUUGAAAGAACAAAAUCGUCCACAACCAGAAAUAGAAACGCCAAACUUAAUACCAAUCUUCAGAUCACAAGAAAUUACUAAUAACGUGAAUUCUUUAAAACAGUCAAAUUCAAGACAAGCUGAAAUGAACCCUAUAUCCAACUUUCCAGCGUUCACAAUCCCUUGCCAGAGAGCUUCAGACAUAUUAGCCGAAACAGCAACGUUCCCAUUACCAAAAGACGUAUUGUGUGAUAAUCCAACUACGAAUUUGAAAGCUAUAGCUAAGAACACAAAGUUGAAUUUGGAUAACCUGCCUUUUAAGAACAUAGUUCCUGAUUCGAUUACUUGUGUUGAUGCCGAGGAUUCUCUUGCAGUAUUGUUUAAACCUAAAGCCAUAUCUUUGAUGCAGGUGUACGGGAAUUUGUUGAAAAAAAUCACUAUCACUGUCUUAGUACCUUAUUAUGUGUCGAAAUUACCAUUCUAGAAGUCAUCGUUAUCAUCAACAUUAGCUUAUAAGUGUCUACUGCUGACCUAAGGCCUCUUCUCACGCGGAGAAGGCUUGAGCAUUAAUCAUCACGCACAUCAUCACCAUUAUCUUCAUCAUAAUCAUCAUACGCUGUUCACUGUAUCAUAUAGACCUUCCCCAAUAAUUAUAUAUUGGUUGGUUGGGAGCUAUCUGCCUCCAGCGGCUCCCUGGACAUUUUGCAGGUUGUCUC